AUCCGGAACACGGAAAAAAAAUCGCAAUGGAACAGAAUACGGGCGCUACUGAGGACAAAGAUGCCCAGAUCAAAAUCAUACCGUGCACUCGAUGGAACCCCUGUGAGCGCCACCAGAUCCGUACCCGAAUCGAGGAGCUGGUGGAGGCCGAAAUACGCAGGGAGUCAAAGAAUGCUGACGCUUUCAUGGAGUCACAGCUGGAGAAAAUGCUGGACCAGGAGAUCGAGGCUCUGCGCCGCGAGAACGAACAGAUUCAGAAUGUUAUAGACAGUGUCAAGGCGAACCUGAAGGGGGUCCUAGCCCUCAAAGAUCAGGCGAAGAAUUUAAAUCAAGAAAGGAAGUAAGGAGACUCUUUUUGGCCUCCCAAAAAUUUGUUAAACAUAAUUACAUGUACCCGCUGGCAGGGAAGCGUAUACAAUUAAAGACGCCAUGGGAAAGAAGGA